AUGCCGCCGCAGAAGGACAACCCCCUGAAGUACAAGAUGGGCAGCGACAGCUCCUUCCUCAUGCUGUCCCGCGUUGUCAACCGCGUGCAGCGCCACACCUGCAGCGAGUCCUAUUGCCUGUGGAGAUACAAGCUCUGCCUGCCCGUCUUCCUGGUGCAGCGCGAAUUCGUAAGGGACACCGUGCUCUGCAUACGCACGCAGUUCCCUUGCAUUAUUGCGUAUGCCAUUACUGUGCACAAGUCACAGGGCGCAACGUUGGCCAAGGCCGUCCUUGACAUCUCUGGGCGUGACUUCGCCAGCGGCCUCACUUACGUGGCCGUGUCCCGGGUCACUUGCCUGGACGGGAUCAUGUUCAGUGUCUCCUUUUGCCUUGCGGACCUGCGUAUUAAGAAUGACGACGUUGAUCUCUUGCGGUCCAAGGACUAUGACCGCAGGCUGAGUGCAGGUCAGAUCCUGAAGCCCAGCAUGGAGGAGGGCGCCCUGUCCCCGCCGGAGAGGUCGCCGUCGCCUUUCCGAGUGUUCUCGAGCUUUGCCGACGCCCUUUAUGAGGCAGCGUCUGCCGUUCAGGAGAAAGGCCGCCGGGCCGACUACGAGGCUCCAGGCGCCCUCGUAGCCCUGGGCGCCCUCGUGGUCGUUCACGCAGAUACUCCGACUCGACUAUACUCCGACUCGACUGUCGCCUUCAUCGAUUACAGCCAUAUCGAGUACGUUCCUGAAAUGUCCAGAAGCAGGAGGACCACGAGGAGGAGGAGGACCACGAGGGGGAAGAUCACGAGGAAGAGGACCAAGGGGAAGAAGGAGGAGCGCGAAGAGGACCAUGAGGGGGAAGACCACGAGGGAGAGGGCCAAGGGGAAGGAGGACCACCAGCCCUAGAUCCCGUCUUGGCUUCCGGUAACGCGGUAUGCAAGGACACAUACGCCAUGGAGUUUGGAAUCGUCGAGGGGAUCGACCAGGAGGAGGACCAGGAGGAGGACCAGGAGGAGGACCAGGAGGAGGACCAGGAGGAGGACCAGGAGGAGGACCAGGAGGAGUGCCACACCGAAAGUGCAAGCCAGCAGAUAUAG